AUGCUGCCCUUGCUGUUUCUACUGCUGCCAGCCUCGGGAGGGUCGAGGGCCUUCCCCCGAGGGGCGGCGGGGCCGCCUCUCAACAGUCCACCCCUGUCCAUCAUGGGUUUGAUGCCGCUCACGGACAAUGUGGCAAAGGGCAACAUCGGUAGAGGGGUGCUACCUGCCGUGGAGCUGGCGAUCCAGCAGAUCCGCAAUGAGUCCCUCUUGUACCCCUACUUCUUGGACCUUCGGCUCUACGACACCGAGUGUGACAAUGCAAAAGGGUUAAAAGCCUUCUAUGAUGCAAUAAAAUACGGGCCUAAUCACCUCAUGGUAUUUGGAGGAGUCUGCCCCUCAGUCACAUCCAUCAUUGCUGAGUCUCUCAAAGGAUGGAAUCUGGUACAGCUUUCAUUCGCAGCCACCACACCAGUCCUAGCUGAUAAGAAAAAAUAUCCUUAUUUCUUCCGAACUGUACCAUCAGAUAAUGCUGUGAAUCCUGCAAUUUUGAAGUUGCUAAAAUAUUACCAAUGGAAACGGGUGGGAACUCUAACCCAGGACAUCCAAAGAUUUUCAGAGGUAAGAAAUGAUCUCACUGGUGUCCUGUAUGGUGAAGGUAUUGAAAUUUCAGACACAGCAAGUUUCUCCAAUGAUCCCUGCAAUAGUGUCAAAAAACUUAAGAGUAAUGAUGUUCGGAUAAUUCUUGGCCAGUUUGAUCAGAAUAUGGCAGCAAAAGUAUUCUGUUGCGCAUAUCAUGAAAACAUGUUUGGCAGCAAGUAUCAGUGGAUCAUUCCUGGAUGGUAUGAGCCCUCCUGGUGGGAACUGGCACAUUCUGAAGGCAAUCCAUCUCCCUGCCUCAGCAAAAAUCUCCUAGCAGCUAUGGAAGGUUAUAUUGGAGUGGAUUUUGAACCCCUCAGUUCAAAAGAGAUCAAGACCAUUUCAGGAAGGACUCCCCAACAGUAUGAAAAAGAAUAUAAUGAUAAAAGAUCCGGUGUGGGACCCAGCAAAUUCCAUGGCUAUGCCUAUGAUGGAAUAUGGGUGAUUGCAAAAACCCUGCAGAGGGCCAUGGAGCAUCUCCGCUCCAGCAACAGACACCAAAGGAUUCAAGAUUUCAACUACACAGACCAUAAACUUGGCAAAAUCUUCUUGGAUGCAAUGAAUGAAACCAACUUCUUCGGUGUAACGGGUCAAGUUGUGUUCAGAAAUGGAGAGAGAAUGGGAACCAUCAAAUUUACCCAGUUUCAAGGUUCAGAGCCUCCCAAAGACAAAACAAUCAUCCAGGAACAGCUGCGGGAGAUCUCUCUGCCUCUUUACAGCAUUCUCUCAGCCCUCACAAUCCUAGGGAUGAUCAUGGCCAGCGCCUUCCUCUUCUUUAACAUCAAAAACAGAAACCAGAAGUUAAUAAAGAUGUCCAGCCCUUACAUGAACAACCUUAUUAUUCUUGGGGGAAUGCUGUCCUAUGCAUCUAUUUUUCUGUUUGGCCUUGAUGGAUCCUUUGUCUCUGAAAAAACUUUCGAAACACUUUGCACCGUCCGAACCUGGAUUCUCACGGUGGGCUACACAACUGCAUUUGGAGCAAUGUUUGCCAAAACAUGGAGAGUCCAUGCCAUCUUCAAAAAUGUGAAAAUGAAAAAGAAGAUCAUUAAAGACCAGAAGCUGCUAGUGAUUGUUGGAGGGAUGCUACUGAUCGAUCUUUGCAUCUUGAUUUGCUGGCAGGCUGUAGAUCCUUUAAGAAGGACCGUAGAAAAGUACAACAUGGAGCCGGAUCCUGCUGGCAGAGAUAUUUCCAUCCGUCCAAUCCUGGAGCACUGUGAGAACAGCCACAUGACAAUUUGGCUCGGCAUUGUCUAUGCCUACAAAGGUCUCCUUAUGCUAUUCGGUUGUUUCCUAGCUUGGGAGACUCGCAAUGUGAGCAUUCCAGCUUUGAACGACAGCAAAUACAUCGGCAUGAGCGUCUACAACGUGGGGAUCAUGUGCAUCAUCGGGGCAGCUGUCUCGUUCCUCACCAGAGACCAGCCCAACGUGCAAUUCUGUAUUGUAGCGUUAGUCAUUAUAUUCUGCAGCACCAUCACACUUUGCCUCGUGUUCGUGCCAAAGCUCAUCACACUAAGGACCAACCCAGAUGCAGCAACACAGAACAGACGAUUCCAGUUCACUCAAAAUCAAAAGAAAGAAGAUUCCAAAACAUCCACAUCAGUCACCAGUGUGAACCAAGCCAGCACAUCUCGACUAGAGGGGCUCCAAUCUGAAAAUCAUCGCCUGAGAAUGAAAAUCACAGAGUUGGACAAAGACUUAGAAGAGGUCACUAUGCAACUACAGGACACGCCAGAGAAGACAACAUACAUUAAGCAAAACCACUAUCAGGAACUCAAUGACAUCCUCAACAUAAGGAAUUUCACUGAAAGCACUGAUGGUGAAAAGGCUAUUUUAAAAAAUCACCUUGAUCAAAAUACCCAGUUACAGUGGAACACAACGGAGCCCUCACGAACAAGCCAAGAUCCUAGAGAAGAUAUCAACUCCCCAGAACACAUACAACGCCGGCUGUCCUUACAACUUCCCAUUCUCCACCAUGCCUACUUACCAUCGAUAGGAGGCGUGGAUGCCAGUUGUGCCAGUCCAUGCGUGAGCCCCACUGCCAGUCCUCGGCACAGACAUGUGCAGCCACCUUUCCGAGUCAUGGUCUCGGGCCUGUAAGUGUGGAAAAUCAGUGCUUCCUAAACUGUGGGUUAAUGACUCAAGGA